GAGAGCGCUGUCCAGGGAUGAGAGCGCACAGUGAGCGGAUUUGCGCACCUAAAGGCUCCUAAUUCCAUUCUCAUUCACCGGGCGCCUCUACCUCCAGCCAGAAAGGACAGACAGACAGAGCUCACCAGUGGAGCAGACUAAGGACAAGAAAGUAACUGCAGUUCUCCAUCAUGGGGAUGAUGAAGGGAAUUUUCCUACUGUUGAUGUUGGUCAUGCCUCAGACACAUCAAGCAGCAGAAUCUGGGAAUGAUGAUAACAGUGUAUUUGAUCUGUUUGAGUUAACGGGAUACAACCGCAAGGCUGGUUCUCGUAAGCCUCAAGGACUUCAUUUAGUAAAAGGACCUGACCCUUCAAGCCCAGCUUACAGAAUUGAAGACGCUGACUUGAUCCCUCCACUGCCAGAAGAUAAAUUCCAAGACUUGCUAGAUGCAAUACGUGCCGAUAGGGGGUUCAUUCUGUUGGCUACUCUGCGUCAAGCAAAGAAGAGUCGAGGGGCACUUCUGUCUGUGGAGAGAAAAGACGGUGGUGGACACAUCUUCAGUCUUAUCUCCAAUGGUCGGGCUAGAACCCUAGAUUUAAGUUUAAGCGGAGAAAGGAAGCAGCAGGUGGUGUCUGUAGAAGAUGCUGUCUUGGCUACUGGCAACUGGACGAACAUCACUCUCUUUGUGCAAGAAGACCGCGCACAACUCUAUGUAGGAUGCAACAAAAUGGAAAACGCUGAGCUAGAUGUGCCAAUACAAAAAAUUUUCACUGAGAAUCUGGCAAGCACAGCUCAUCUUCGAGUAGCAAAGGGAGGAGUAAAGGACAACUUUCAGGGAGUCCUUCAGAACGUGCGCUUUGUGUUUGGAACCACUUUGGAAGCUAUUCUGAGAAACAAAGGCUGUUUAAGCAUGACAAACUCAGUCAUCACUUUAGACAAUCCAGUGAAUGGCUCAAGCCCAGCCAUCCGAACGAAUUACAUUGGCCACAAAACAAAGGAUCUGCAAGCUGUGUGUGGCUUUUCCUGCGAUGAUCUGUCCAAGCUGUUUGCAGAAAUGAAAGGCUUACGGACGCUGGUCACAACUCUCAAAGACCAAGUCACCAAAGAGACGGAGAAAAAUGAACUUAUUGCUCAGAUAGUAACAAGGACGCCAGGUGUUUGUCUCCACAAUGGAGUCUUGCACAAGAACAGAGAUGAGUGGACCGUUGACAGCUGCACUGAAUGCACAUGUCAGAACUCAGCUACUAUAUGCCGAAAGGUAUCUUGCCCUCUGAUGCCCUGCACCAAUGCCACUAUUCCAGAUGGAGAAUGCUGUCCCAGAUGUUGGCCAAGCGACUCAGCGGAUGAUGAUUGGUCUCCAUGGUCAGACUGGACACCUUGCUCUGUGACAUGUGGUCAUGGCAUCCAGCAGAGAGGCCGUUCCUGUGACAGCUUAAAUAACCCCUGUGAAGGCUCCUCUGUACAGACACGUUCUUGCCAAAUCCAGGAUUGUGACAAGAGAUUUAAGCAAGACGGUGGUUGGAGCCAUUGGUCACCAUGGUCAUCGUGCUCAGUUACAUGCGGAAGUGGUCAAAUCACCAGAAUCCGUCUCUGCAACUCUCCUGUUCCACAGCUGAAUGGGAAGCAAUGCGAAGGCGAAGGAAGGGAGAACAAACCAUGUCAGAAAGACCCAUGCCCAAUUAACGGUCAGUGGGGUCCUUGGUCACUGUGGGACACAUGCACAGUUACUUGCGGUGGUGGAAUGCAGAAGCGAGAACGUCUGUGCAAUAACCCCAAACCUCAGUAUGAGGGUAAAGAUUGUAUUGGUGAGCCUACUGACUCUCAGAUCUGCAACAAGCAGGACUGUCCCAUAGAUGGGUGUCUCUCUAACCCUUGCUUUGCUGGAGUCAAAUGCACCAGCUUCAUCGAUGGAUCUUGGAAAUGUGGUUCCUGCCCACCAGGGUACAGAGGAAAUGGAAUCACAUGCAAAGAUAUUGAUGAGUGCAAAGAGGUGCCUGAUGCCUGCUUUACUCUAAAUGGAGUUCAUAGAUGUGAGAACACAGAGCCAGGAUAUAAUUGUCUUCCAUGCCCUCCACGUUUCACAGGAACUCAGCCAUUUGGUAAAGGCAUUGAGGAAGCUAAAGCCAAUAAGCAGGUUUGCAAGCCUCGCAACCCAUGCGCAGAUGGUACCCACGACUGUCACAAGAACGCCAGAUGUAUCUACCUAGGCCACUACAGCGACCCCAUGUUCCGCUGCGAGUGCAGACCUGGUUACGCCGGAAAUGGCAUCAUUUGCGGUGAAGACACCGAUUUAGAUGGAUGGCCAAACGAGAACCUCACGUGUGUUGAUAAUGCUACUUAUCACUGCUUGAAAGAUAACUGCCCCAACCUCCCCAAUUCAGGCCAGGAAGACUACGAUAAGGAUGGAAUGGGAGAUGCCUGCGAUAAAGACGAUGACAAUGAUGGAAUCCUAGAUGACAGGGACAACUGUCAGUUUGUGUACAACCCUGCACAAUAUGACUAUGAUCGAGAUGAUGUAGGAGACCGUUGUGAUAACUGUCCCUACAACCACAACCCAGACCAGGCUGACACAGAUCGCAAUGGAGAAGGAGAUGCCUGUUCUGUGGACAUUGAUGGAGAUGGAAUUCUGAACGAGAGAGAUAACUGCGCCUAUGUGUACAAUGUAGACCAGAAAGACACAGAUAAGGACGGCGUUGGAGACCAAUGUGAUAACUGCCCACUGGAACACAAUCCGGAACAGACUGACUCUGAUUCUGAUCUCAUUGGAGACAAGUGUGACAACAACCAGGAUAUAGAUGAGGAUGGGCAUCAGAAUAACCUAGAUAACUGCCCCUAUAUCCCCAAUGCAAACCAGGCUGAUCACGAUAAGGAUGGCAAGGGUGAUGCAUGUGACCAUGAUGAUGACAAUGAUGGUGUUCCUGAUGAUAAAGAUAACUGCCGAUUGGUCCCUAACCCAGACCAGACAGAUACUAAUGGUGAUGGCCGUGGAGAUGCUUGCCAGUAUGACUUUGAUGAUGACAGCAUUCCCGAUGCAGAAGAUGUUUGCCCAGAGAAUGUGGAAAUCAGCACUACGGACUUCCGUAAAUUCCAAAUGGUGCCUUUGGAUCCUAAAGGGACAUCACAGAUUGAUCCUAACUGGGUGGUGAGACAUCAAGGCAAAGAAUUGGUGCAGACUGUUAACUGCGAUCCUGGAAUAGCAGUUGGUUUUGACGAGUUCGGCGCUGUUGACUUCAGUGGCACAUUUUUCAUCAACACCGAGAGAGAUGAUGAUUAUGCUGGCUUUGUGUUUGGAUACCAGUCCAGCAGCAGGUUUUACGUGGUUAUGUGGAAGCAAAUCACACAGACAUACUGGGACACAACCCCUACGGUAGCUCAGGGCUACUCUGGCCUCUCAAUCAAGGUUGUGAACUCUACCUCUGGACCAGGGGAGCACCUACGAAAUGCACUGUGGCACACAGGAAACACUCCCGGGCAGGUUCGCACCUUAUGGCAUGAUCCUCACCAGAAAGGCUGGAAAGAUUUCACAGCUUACAGAUGGCACCUGACACACAGACCAAAGACUGGUUUCAUUAGAGUUGUCAUGUAUGAAGGCAAGAGAGUUAUGGCCGACUCAGGACCAAUUUAUGAUAAAACAUAUGCUGGAGGAAGAUUAGGAUUGUUCGUCUUCUCACAAGAGAUGGUCUUCUUUUCUGAUCUCAAAUACGAGUGCAGAGACUCAUAAUUCAGAAUUUCUUCAUUCCAUGAAUGUUAAGAGGAUAUCACGCACCUUCAGAUAUGUACCAUCCUUCGGACCAUUUCUUCAAUUUUUUUUAAAAAACUUUUUUUCUAAAUUUUUGGAACAAAUGAUCUAUUCCAAAAACGUGUAAUUAAAGACAGACUUUUAAGUAAAAAGAGGAAUAUUUUCUCAAUGGGAAACCUUUGGCAAGAAAAGAUCUGCCACGAUGUAGACUUUUUUUGUCUCCAGAACUUUCAUGGAAGAUUUGCAGGAAGGAGAAUAGAAUGGUUUAGGAAAGUAACUUUCUGGAACCCUUAGAUAUCAGAAGCACAAGACAUUGAUGCUUCUCCUAUAGAACUGAAAGCUUAAUAUUUUAUCGAUAUAGCUAUUUUUAUUGCUAAUGACGAGACAUGCAAUAUUAAGAAACAACAUUAACAUCUUUCUGCUGUUGGAGUGGACCUGGAAUCUCCAGAGUACUAUGAAUGUGUAGUCUGUAGAUGUAACUCGCUUAGGACGGAUGUCUGUAUCCCUAAUGUGGAUAAACGAUGUGUUUUGGGUUAUAGAUAUAACUGUCUAGAAACGAGAAUUGAAUGUAGCAUGUGUGUGUGUUUGUGUGCAUGGGAGAGAGAAAAUAGUCCAGAUAGCCAGAAUAUUUGACUGUGUAUGUUCAGAUAAAAGAUGCACUUGUUCCCUGCUUAAUAAAAAAAACUCGUUCUGUAUUUUGGAAACUAGUAGAUACAAUGCAGUUAUUAGCACUUGCCUGGGCAUGUUGUUAACAGGACCUUGUGCUGUUUAGAGUUAGAAAGGCACAAAAACAGGAAAAGGAAUAGUUGCAGGUCAGGUGACAAUAAUAAAGUUGCAGGAAACACUUCCUUAAAAAAAGAAAAACAGAUAAAAGGUAUAUGUAUUUAUAUUUGUCUAUAUAUGAGACGCAGGAAUAUUGGGUCAUUCCGCUGUGUGGUUUGGAAACAGACGUUUAUGGUUCAGGGCAGCUGGGCCAGGGAUAUAUUUUAACUGAAGGCGAGACAGCCAAGCUGUGUUGAUCUUUCUAAAGAACCAGAGGGAGAGCAAGGAAAGAAGGGUGGAUAGCAGAGUUCUUGCAGCCUGGCUGUACUUACAAUUUAAAUGGGAACCAUAUGUCCUCCAAUAGCCGCACAAGACCCUAAUUACAUUUACGGCAGGUAGCAGCUUCUUUCUGCAAUUAGCAACCAGCAACCUUAAAACCUUCGCAUACAAAUAUUACCUCAUUGUGUGACUGAGAAACAAUAAGAAUUAAGUCUUUGAUUUCAAGAGGAAAAAAAACCACAAAAAUUGGACAGAUAUUUAAAAAAAAAAAAAAAAUCUACUGUAGUGUUAAUCCGCGCUGUAAAUAGUUACAUUGUCUAUCCCCAGGAAAAGUAUUUUAAACUUUUUUUUUAUGUAAUAAAGAUAUCGUGAUAUUUUUUUUCUAUAUUUGUAUUAUUAAUUUUGUCGCUUCCGUUUGUAUAAAUGUUUUUUGUUUUUUUUAUUUUGUAUUGCUGUUUAGUGUCGUCCAUAUUUUGUAGAUAUGCUAUUUAAAUAAUUUAUCAGGAACAGCUUCCUGUUGUGCUCUUGCUCCUGUCUGUAUCAAAUGUUUUGCACUUGAAAAAGCUUUGCAAAUAUCUGCCCCAGAUUUUUUUUUAUAUCCGUGUAUACGUUUAUUUUUUUUCAUAUUUUUUUUUUUUUUUUUACAGAGAAAGCUUUUUAAAAUACAUUUUUUUUGUAAACAUUUCAACCUUUCUAUGAAAAAUAAUUGUACAGGAAAAUGUUUUUACAUGUUAAAUAUAAUAAACUAUUAAAAACAUAA